UUUGUGUAAGAGGUGAACGCUUUGAUCAUGGUUGACCGUAAGGCACGUUGUCCCCGCAGUGGGUGCGAUAACGACAAUACCUGGUGCUGCAAUAUCCCGUGGAAGAGUGCGAUAAGGAACAAUCUGAUAGUUCUCCUGACCAUUGGAGGGGUCGUGGUUGGAUUCAUUGUCGGCUUUCUCGUGAAGACCCUCCAGCCCUCCCAAGAUGCCAUAAUAUGGAUAGGUAUCCCAGGAGAGGUGUAUAUGCGUAUGCUGAAGAUGAUGAUUUUACCUUUAAUUAUCUGCAGUGUAAUUACAGGAACGUCUUCCCUGGACCCAAAAUGCAACGGCAAGGUCAGCAUGGUCGCCCUGCUGUACAUCAUCGUCACCAACGCUAUACCGUGUUUCAUAGGCGUCUCGACUGGACUUAUUUUCAAUUCAGGAAAAGGUGUUGACAUUCGUAACAAGUUUGAGACUUCUAUACCAACCGAGAUUAUGGAGACACAGGAUAUUUUUGCUGAUCUCAUCAGAAACCUGUUCCUAGACAACCUGAUAACAGCCUGUUUCCAACAGGCACAGACAAAAUAUCAUACCAAGGAUCGGAUCAUUGAAGUCAACGAUACCGGAAAGAUAGUGAACCAAACUGUUGGAUCUGUGAUAAAAUCGGUGGGCACCGCCAGUUCAACAAAUAUACUAGGUUUGGUUUUGUGUAGUAUGGUGUUUGGAAUAGCUGCAACUGCUGUGGGGGACACCGGGAAACCAUUCAUCGCCUUCUUUCACUCGGCAACUGAAAUCAUCAUGAAAAUCCUGCGAUGGUUUGUAUGGUUCACCCCUGUCGGUGUGGCCAGCCUGAUAGCCGUGGCGCUAUUGGAGGCGGGUCACAUGCAAGGCGCGUUCCGCUCCCUGGGGAUGUUCUCCGUGUCUGUGUUCACGGGGUUGGCCGUGCACCAGUUGCUCGUGGUCCCCCUCCUCUUCUUCGUGCUCACCAGGACCAACCCUUACACCUUCCUGCUCACACUCGGCAGACCCGUCAUGGUGACAUUCGCAGCAGCAAGCUCAGCGAUAGCUAUCCCCGAGACUCUGAACAUCCUGGAAAACAAGAACAACGUGGACAGGAGGAUAUCGCGAUUCGUGGUGCCGUUUGCCGCGACAAUCAACAGAGACGGCAGCGCUCUUUACAUCGCCACGGCGUGCAUAUUCAUUGCACAACUCUCAGACGUACAGCUAGACGGAGGCAAAGUCGUCUUAAUUUGUGUCCUGACUACAGUUAUAUCUGUUGCCAUCCCAUCAGUCCCCAGUGCAGGCGUGGUUGCCGUUCUCAUCAACCUAACAGCAUUGAACAUACCGGCUGACAGCAUUGGACUUCUCUUUGCUUUAGAGUGGAUCAUUGACCGUGUGCGAUCAUCCGUGAAUAUGAUUGGCCAUGCAUUCUGUACCAUGAUCACCUACAAGUUGUGUAUAAAAUCAAUGCUAGAAGCAUACAGUAAUGACACUGCAGAGAUAGAAAUACUUGUCCAAGCACCGUCAGACCCUAAAGACAAGCCUUACCUGUCUGACAUUUCACCACCACCAUCAGAAACCAAGUCAAAUUCAAUGAGUGUACCUGAUGUUUCUAAUGUGGACAGCAAUGUGUGAUUUAAAACUACUGGCUUGUUGGUGAUGGCAACAGAAAUUUUAAACACAAAUAUUUGCUACAAUUGGCAAAAAUCCCAAAAUACUAAUUUUUACUCAGAUAUGCUUUGUGACGUAUUUGUUUAUGCACAUGAUGAAGUAGAAAUUUGGCUUUUAAAUGAAACACGUUUUAGUGUUUAAGCAUAAUAUGAAUGAGGACAAAGUUGCCAUUGUUCUAAAUGUAGUAAACUGCAAGAGAUAUUGCUCUAAACAGCAAAACAGAAACUAUCAAUAACAAUUGCAAUAUCUGAUCUGAAAUUUGUGAUAUCAUAGUGCAAUGCAAAAUGACUUAAAUGUAAAGCCACUUAUGAGAACCUAAGGAAGCUUGCUGAUUUAGGCUUCUGGCUCCGCAUUCAUAAACGUACUUAAGUCAAUGUAUGAUACCUAAAUACAUACUUAAAGUACAUAGAUAAGUAUCAUACAUUGACUUAGUAUGUUUAUGAAUAUGGAGCCAGGUCUGUGUGUACAUUGUUUGUUCAGAAACCAAGGGCAGAUCCAGGAAAUAUUUCAGAGAGGGGACAGAGUGCAAAAGGGCACAUGGACCAACUCCCUGAAAAAGGGUGCAGCUCACCCUGGACCCCUCCCUUGGAUCUGCCCUUGUCAAAGUUGUGGCAUACUUGAAAAUUAUUCAGUUCUGUACGAUUUGCUGCAGAUAUAUACAACAUAAUAUAUUUAAUGGCAUUCCUUCCACAUUUUACUAAGUCUGAAUGACAAAACUGUAAGCAUGUCUAAGCUUGUAUAUCUGCUCAAGAUAGAGUUCAAGAAAUGUUUGGACAGUUGUGAUAUGAAAUGCUCUCAGGCAUUCCACCUACAGGACAAUCACUAAAUCAAGACAAGAUAUCCUAUUACUUGGGCUGAAUGAAGAAGACUGCUGCUCCCAGGACUGGCUUGACAGUCUCAUUGACAAAGCCAUAUUUCUGCACAUGACAGAGUCCUAGGGACAAUUUGACAAUAAAACAUAUUUAUAUA